AUGUCCGCGUCCCGUCGCACCCUCGACCGCUUACCCGCGGUCGACCAAACCCUCGCCGCCAAGCUCGAGUCCCGAGGAUGUCGCACCGCCGAAGACGCGCUCUAUCGCGCCCCGUUGGACGUCGUCGAGCUCGCCGACGUUUCGAUGCACCGCGCGCGACAGUUCAUAAUCAGCGUCGCGAAAGCCGUCGCGCCGACGCCCACGACGGCGCUCGACGCGCUGCGAAGGUCGCAAUACGUCCCACUCGUCAUCGAGGACGUGGACAAAGCGCUCGGCGGUGGGCUGCGCGUCGGCGCGGUGACGGAGGUGGUCGGCGCGGCGGGCGCGGGAAAGACGCAGCUGUGUCUCGCGGCGUGCGCGAGCGCGGCGGCGCCGGCGCGCGUCGGUGGACGCGAUGGGGGGGUGAUUUACGUCGACGCCGAACGGAAAUUCAGUGGGGCGCGUCUGGCGGAGAUCGCGCGCGAGAAAUUCCCCGGGGCGUUUGAGGAUGAGGAAAGCGUGCACGCGCUCGCGCGCAGAGUGCACGUGGUGACGCCGACGAGUCUGACGGAUUUGAAUAAACGAUUGGACGCGUUGGAGGAGGCGAUCAUCGAUCACAAGGUGCGGUUGGUGAUCAUAGACUCCAUCGCGCAUCUCGCGCGCGCGGAGUUCGGACGAGAGAAGGUGGUGCAGCGGCAGAGCGCGUUGGGCGCGGUGGCGUCGACGCUCAAGCGGCACGCGGAGAAGCACGCGCUCGCGGUGCUCGCGGUGAAUCAGGUGACGACGAAAAUUGGAACGUUCGCUCGGCACGCGAGCGAUGGCGGUGAUGAUGUCGCGGAUGAAUCGAGUGGAAUCACCGCCGCGCUCGGCACGAAGUGGGCGCACUGCGUGAACACGCGCAUCGCGCUCGAGGUGUUGGAAGACAGACGAGCGUUGAAAAUCGUAAAGAGCCCGCUCGCGCCGUUGACGUCUUUCGAGUACCGCGUCGACGCGUCUGGGAUUCGUGUUUCGGGGAAAUCUGACGCAAAGGACGUGCGCGCGUCGGAGGCAAACGUUCACUCCACUAUUGGGAAAUGA